CCGCCUCGGGAGACCUACAUGAGGUGCAGGAGUGGCUGGGCUUCCCGUCUCCACCUCCGCGAGCACCCAGACUGAUGGCGAUGGUGAUGGCGGCUGCUACUCGGACAGCCCCAAUGAAACUGCGCUCGGAGCGGUACAUCCAGAAAGUGCUCAGAAGAAACUUCCUGCCAGAAAAACUAAAAAAGCAGUAUUUAUAACACUGGAAUUUUUGGGUAACUUAUUAAAAUGGCAGAAAAUAGUGAAAGUAAUAGUAAAGAUGUAGAUGUCAGACCCAAAACUAGUCGGAGUAGAAGUGCUGACAGAAAGGAUGGUUAUGUGUGGAGUGGAAAGAAGUUAUCUUGGUCAAAAAAGAGUGAAAGUUUUUCAGAUGCUGAAACAGUAAAUGUUAUAGAGAAAACUGAAGUUCCUUUACAGAGCCAAGAAAGAAAGCACAGCUGUUCAUCCAUCGAGUUGGAUUUAGAUCAUUCUUGUGGGCAUAGAUUUUUAGGCCGAUCUCUUAAACAGAAACUGCAAGAUGCUGUGGGGCAGUGCUUCCCAAUAAAGAAUUGUAGUAGUCGGCACUCUUCGGGGCUUCCAUCUAAAAGAAAAAUUCAUAUCAGUGAACUCAUGUUAGAUAAGUGUCCUUUCCCACCUCGAUCAGAUUUAGCCUUUAGGUGGCAUUUUAUUAAACGACACACUGCUCCUAUAAACCCCAAACCAGAUGAAUUGAUAAGCACAGAUUUGUCUCAGAGUGAAUUGAGAGAUGGUCAACUAAAACAAAGAAGAAACAUGGAAGAAGAGGUGAACUGUUUCUCACAUGCCAAUGUUCAGCCCUGUGUUAUAACCACCAACAAUGCUUCAUGUAGAGGUGGUCCUAUGGCUGGCUCUUUGAUGAACCUGGUUUCAAAUAAUUGUAUAGAAGAUAGUGAUAUGGAUUCAGAUGAUGAAAUUAUAACACUUUGCACAAGUUCCAGGAAAAGAAACAAACCCAAAUGGGAAAUGGAUGAAGAAAUCCUUCAGUCGGGAACAACUCCUAAGUACCACACCCAGAUUGAUUAUGUCCACUGUCUUGUACCAGACCUCCUUCAGAUCAAUAACAAUCCAUGUUACUGGGGAGUUAUGGAUAAGUAUGCAGCUGAAGCUCUCCUAGAAGGAAAACCAGAGGGUACCUUUUUACUUCGAGACUCAGCACAGGAAGACUAUUUAUUCUCUGUUAGUUUCAGACGCUAUAGUCGUUCUCUUCAUGCUAGGAUUGAACAGUGGAAUCACAACUUUAGCUUUGAUGCACAUGAUCCUUGUGUCUUCCAUUCUCCUGAUAUUACUGGGCUCCUAGAACAUUAUAAGGACCCAAGUGCCUGUAUGUUCUUUGAACCACUUUUAUCCACUCCCUUAAUUCGGACUUUCCCCUUCACCCUACAGCAUAUAUGCAGAACAGUUAUUUGUAACUGUACAACUUAUGAUGGCAUUGAUGCCCUUCCAAUUCCUUCUUCUAUGAAAUUAUAUCUGAAGGAAUAUCACUAUAAAUCAAAAGUUAGAGUACUCAGGAUUGAUGCACCAAAACAACAAUGCUAGGUAGAGGGUAGGAACAUGGGAAUUUAAUACCUUAUUUUUCUUAAUGCUACUUUGAGUUUUUCUACAAGGGCAGUUAAGAGUCUGAAAUAAACCUCUGCCCUAAAUUUUGCUUCCAGAUCUGUUUAUUUUUCUUACAAUACACUAAUUGUUUAAAGUUACACACUAAGGGUUAAUGGGUAUUUUUGACCAAGUGGUUUUUGUUUUUAUUCUAUAGAGUAUAUACUUAACUUUUUUUCUUUUCUUAAUUGUAAUUUGCAUAUGAUCCAGGGAUAUUUGAAAAUUGGUAAACAUUGUAAACACAGUUAAUAAUUUGUAUUUCAUUAUUUUCUUUAAAAAUAAUCCUAUGUCCUUUCUUAGAUGUAAAAUGCUUUGUUAACUUAUGCCAUUGGCAUUCCUAUACAUAAAAUACGGUUUCCCCGUCUCCCUUUCCAGAGUUGUUUUCAAAUUCUUCAGUAAAGCUGAGUGUUGUAAUUUACAAUCUACACUAAUGUAAUUGACUCGUAAUUUACUAAUAGGGAUGUUAAAGGUAACAACAUAGCUUAAAAUCCAACUUGAUGUGUUUUUACAGUAUUUUAAAUAUUAACUAAAGCAGGAUUACUAAAUUUGAUUCAUCUCAUCAGUAAGAAUCAAAUGAGAACAUAACAUUUUUGGAGAUGAAUGUAUUCUACAAUGUGGCAUGGUCAUUUGUUAAUCCUUGAAUAGGUCUCUCUUAAAACCUGGAACAUAAAUAUUGUUCCUUUCUCACUGGGAGCUUUAAAAAUAAUGAUAACACUGUUAGUAACUAGUAGUUACUAAAGUUCUAAAAACAAUUGUGGGGGUUUUUUUUCUGUAUUUACUUAUGAACUGUUGCUUCUACUUAGCUCUUUUAUAGAAACUCAGCCUGUUACUUGGGGAGAUGCUACAGUUUAUAAACAGCCAUGCAUUUUCAUUGUUCCCUAAAUAAGUUUUCAUUAUUUUAAAUUGAACUUGAAUAAAGAUUCAAGAAGUGAACAUAGAGCUUAGUAUUCAGAAAGCUUAAUAUUGUUUUUAAUCUUCAAUUUUCAAAUAAUUAUUCCUAUCUUCAGAAUUAACAUGUCUUUAUUGUAACUUCAAAAAAA